AUGUCAGACGUUGCCGUUGUUGGUGUGACACCCAAGCCCACGAUCAGCAAAGAGGAGGAUAGGCGUCUCAAGCUGCAGCAAUGGAAAGAGAGCAAGGCGGCAUUGGAAAAGAAGGUGACCCCUGCAGAGAGAAAGGCUGCACCGGACAGGAAGGCGCAGUUCUUUGAGCGAAGGGAGCGACGGCUCCAAGAGGAGCGAGAGAAACGGGCAUCAAGGUCGGGAAAGGAAAACAACAUGCCACCGGCGGAGGCAAGUAGGAAGGCUGCUGGCUCGGACCAAACACAUAGGCUCUCGUCCACUCCUAGGCCCGGGGCAGCCUCAGACGGCCAAGUAAAGCUCACGGAGACUACGCCAGCUUCCGCUGCGAGGCAGCCUAGGGUAAAGUUCCUCCGCGCUGGUCAAAACAUGUAA